UCUAUCCCCACUCUACGACUCUACUCUGCAAUUAAAGCAGACUUGGAGCGACAACGAGAGAGAGAGAGAGAGGGGGAAAGCUCAGUUUCUGCUCUCUCUUACUUCAUUGGCUCCUUCCUGAUUCAACCCAUUUUUUUUUUCUCCUGAUAUUUUUUGGCCAUCUGGGUUCACAGAAAAAGUCAUCUGGAGUGGUGAUUUAAGUUCUGGUUGAUCAGAGGAAACAGGCAGUUUCAUGGUCUUCAAAUUAAUGAAGACCCAGUUGGGUUCUUGAUUCAGAGGUCUCUGUUCUGGGUGCCACUUGGGGAGGUUGAAGAAUCAGUUGUGCUGUGGAGAUCUGAGCUUGCUUUUUCAGCUUGGGUUUGAAGAUUCAACCAAGUUGCCCGAUUCGAAGAAGGGUUGGAAAUAAAAAAGGGAAGGAAAUGAACAGUUUGAGUAGUUGGGUACCACGAGCCCACGACUUGAUCUGAUUGACACCCACUAAUAAAUGCAAGUUGGGAGUUCCGAUUCUCGUCCGAGAGCGAAUUUUCAGCUCCGAUGUUUAUUUUUUUUUUCCUUUCCGUUUUUGAGAAUUUAGACGGGAGGUUUUGAGCUUGGUUGACUAGAGCUGGAUAAGGUGUGGAGUAUGGAAAGAUGGAAAAGAGAGGAGAUGGUGAGAAAUAGAAAAUUGUGAGAGAGAAGAAGAGAAAUUUGAGAGAGAGAGAGAGAACAGAGGAGGAUGACAAGAAUAAGUAAAUUAUAGAAAGGAGAUUAGAUUAGAAUAUUAGAAAUAGAAAAUUUUAAAAAAGAAAAGCGUAGAAGGCGAGGCAAACUUGUUUAUAGUUUCUGGGGGACAAUCGCGUAUCUACAAAUAUCCAGAAAUUCGAUUCAGUUGCUUUGGAAAAGGGUGAUAAAGCGAAUACCACAUUAGAAUAGAGGGUCCGAUCAAGAUUUUGCGUGAUACAGACGAACCACCCCAUACAAUGCACCUCACAACAGAUGAGAGAUGAACUGGGGAGAAGGAGAGAAAGAGGAGGAAGGAAAAACCAGAGGACUUGAGUUUUUCUGGUGAUGGGUCUGAAGGCGCAGAGCCACCACACGGUGGCCGUGAGGCUGAACGAGCAAUUGGCGGCGACACAUGCGAUCUCAUUCUAUCGGGAGAAAAGAGCUUGGUUCCCGAGGGUGCUCUUUUGCUGGAUCAUUUUCAUGGCCGGCGUUAGCAGUCUUAUCUUCAGGAACAUGGAUGCAGAUAACAUGGUGAGAAGGAAGGAGGUUCUGGAAAGCUCUUGCGAGCAGCGGGCGAGGAUGCUGCAGGACCAAUUCAGUGUCAGCGUCAACCACGUUCACGCCCUUGCAAUCCUUGUGUCUACGUUCCAUUACUACAAGAACCCGUCAGCCAUCGACCAGGAGACCUUUGCUGAGUAUACUGCCAGGACUGCUUUUGAGCGGCCAUUGCUGAGUGGAGUGGCGUAUGCACAGAGGGUGGUUCAUUCCGAGAGGGAGAAGUUUGAGAAGCAGCAGGGUUGGACGAUUAAAACAAUGGAAAAAGAACCAUCACCUGUUCGGGAUGAAUAUGCGCCAGUGAUAUUCUCGCAGGAGACUGUGUCCCACAUCGAAUCACUUGAUAUGAUGUCUGGAGAGGAGGACCGGGAAAACAUUUUGAGGGCUAGGGCUACUGGAAAAGCUGUUCUCACAAGGCCAUUUAGCCUGCUGAAGUCUCACCAUCUGGGUGUUGUUUUGACCUUUCCUGUUUAUCGCACCAAUCUCCCUCCUCAUGCAACUGCAGAGGAGCGUAUUGAAGCAACUACAGGAUAUCUUGGUGGAGCUUUUGAUGUUGAAUCACUGGUAGAGAACCUGCUAGGGCAACUCGCGGGGAAGCAGGCAAUUUUGGUAAAUGUAUAUGAUGUUACCAACUCAUCUGAUCAUCUGAUCAUGUAUGGACCUCGAUACCCUGAUGGUGACAUGUCCCUUGCACAUGAGAGCAAGCUUGAUUUUGGAGAUCCAUUUAGGAAGCACUUAAUGAUAUGUAGAUAUCAUCAGAAGGCCCCUACUUCAUGGACAGCUCUAACUACUGCGUUCCUAUGGUUUGUGAUCGGUGUGUUAGUAGGAUACAUUUUCUAUGGUGCAGUGAUGCACAUUCUUAAAGUUGAGGAUGAUUUCCAUGAAAUGCAGGAACUGAAAGUCCGAGCCGAAGCAGCUGAUGUUGCCAAAUCUCAGUUUCUAGCUACUGUUUCCCAUGAGAUAAGAACACCCAUGAAUGGUGUCCUUGGAAUGCUAGGUCUGCUUCUGGAUACAGAUCUGGACUCAACUCAAAGGGAUUAUGCUCAAACCGCUCAAGCCUGUGGGAAUGCACUGAUAGCUUUAAUAAAUGAAGUACUUGACCGUGCAAAAAUUGAGGCUGGCAAGUUAGAGCUAGAGGCAGUCCCCUUUGACCUACGAUCCAUACUAGAUGAUGUUCUCUCAUUAUUUUCUGGGAAGUCUAGGCAAAAGGGUACUGAGCUUGCUGCAUUUGUCUCUGAUAAAGUUCCCAAAGUCCUUAUUGGUGAUCCUGGGAGAUUCCGGCAGAUUAUUACAAAUCUUGUUGGCAAUGCUGUUAAAUUUACUGAACAGGGCCAUAUAUUUGUCCAAGUCCAUCUAGCUGAACAUACCAAGUCUGUGAUGGCUGCAAAAGCUAAUGCGUGCUUGAAGAGAGGAUCAGAUGAAGUGGAAGUUAUAGCAAGUCAAACCCAGUUUAAUACUUUAAGUGGUUUUCAAGCAGCUGAUGACCAGAAUAGUUGGGAAAAUUUUAAGCUUCUAAUUGCAGAUGAGGAAUUUUGCUCUGAUGCCUCAGAUAACUGGAUUCCAACUGGUGAAGAUUCUGAAAGUGUGACUUUGAUGGUAUCUGUGGAGGAUACGGGAAUUGGGAUUCCUUUCCAAGCCCAAGAUCGGGUUUUCAUGCCAUUUAUGCAGGCAGACAGUUCAACAUCCAGGAACUAUGGUGGAACUGGUAUUGGCUUGAGCAUCAGUAAGUGUUUGGUUGAACUGAUGGGUGGCAAGAUCAACUUCAUAAGUCGGCCUAAACUUGGAAGCACAUUUACAUUUACUGCUGUUUUGAGAUGUCAAAAAAAUGCAUCUAGUGAUCUAAAGAAAUCUCCUUUGGAGGCCAUUCCUACUGGUUUCAAUGGGAUGAAAGCAAUUCUAGUUGAUGGAAAACCAGUUAGAGCUGCUGUAACAAAAUACCACCUAAAGCGACUUGGUAUUAUUGUAGAAGAUGCCAGUAGUAUCAAGAUGGCAAUUGGUGCACUAUGUGGACAAAAUGGUCACUUGAGAUCCGGAAAUGGAAAAAGGCCAGAUAUGAUUCUGGUUGAGAAGGAUUCCUGGAUUUCCAGUGAGGAUGGGGUUUUGCCUAUACGGUUCAUUGACUGGAAGCAGAAUGGUUGCAUGUUAUUGCCAAAGGUGAUCCUUCUUGCAACCUCUAUCAGUACUACAGAAUCUGAUAAAGCAAAGGCUGCAGGUUUUGCCAAUACUGUGAUCAUGAAACCUCUGAGAGUAAGUAUGCUUGCAGCAUGCCUUCAAGAGGUGCUGGGAAUGGGGAAGAGGAGGCCACAAGGGAAAGAAAUGAUGAAGGGAUCUGCUUUGCAUCAUAGCCUGCUACAUGGGAAGAAUAUAUUAGUCGUUGAUGACAAUAUGGUAAACCGUAAAGUUGCUGCUCGUGUGCUGGAGAAAUUUGGGGCUAACGUGGAGUGUGCUGAUAGCGGGAAAGCUGCACUCAUGUUGCUUAGUUUGCCACAUAAGUUUGAUGCUUGCUUCAUGGACAUUCAGAUGCCAGAAAUGGAUGGGUUUGAGGCAACCAGGCAGAUUCGGUUAAUGGAGAGGAAGGAGAAUGAGAAAAUAAAGACCAGAGAAGUAACCUAUGAGGGGGGAAGCAAAACUGAGUGGCAUGUGCCAAUAUUAGCCAUGACAGCUGAUGUUAUACAUGCGACAUAUGAAGAGUGCGUCAAGUGUGGAAUGGAUGGUUAUGUCUCCAAGCCCUUUGAGGAGGAGAAUCUUUACCAGGCAGUUUCCAAGUUCUUUGAAUCCAAACCAAUUUGAGACUCAUAACACAACUCAUUUCUUUUGAGCCAGGCAUAUUCAAUACUGAUAGAAAACCCAGUCAUAUCCAAUUGGCAAUCUUUGGGGGUGGGGGAAGCCAUGGGUUCACACCCUUAGAAUUGCAGCAAAUUUUUUGAACUCCUUCGGUGUUGUUUAGUGAUCUUUGGCCUGAGUCAUCCAGCUAGUGUUCAGGUUUUCCUUUUAUUUUUCUUUGGGUGAGGGGGGUGCUGGUGGGCUGGGAGGUUCUUUGUUUGCCGGCAUUGUACAACGGAUUGGCAAAAAAAAUUAUUUGAACUGAAUUGCAAUUGAUCACCGUCUUUGAGUGUAUGUAUACGAUAAUUAGACCUCCACCCCAUCAUGUAUAGGUCUCUAGUAGGAGAGAGGCCAAGAGAUCUUCCUGUUCUUUAGAAAAAAAAAAGGUUGUAAAUUGAUUUUCAUAUAUAUAUGAUCGUGUUGUUUCUCAUUCUUUCGAGAAGCUAUUCGAGUGGUAUCUUGAAUCAUGUAAUUCUAUUGCUAUCAAACGCUUGUUCACCAUCUGUA